AUGAACAUGAUUGCAAUGCGCAUGAGUCCUGUGCCGGUCAAGGCGAUGAUCUCUUCACGUUCUUCUUCCUCUUCCAAGACGAAGAAGAUGACGAUGAAAAAUUCUUCCUCCAUCGCGAUGAAGAAAAGAGGCAAUAACGUUAUUCCAUCGGCAACGGCUUCCGAUUGGGAUACGUUCUCCGUUUUCUUACGAAAGCAGUGCGAAGCCGCCGCGAAGGAAGGCACCGAUUCUAAAAAAUGGGACGACGUCCGCGCCAUCAACUCUGAUGCAAAGUCCGUGUACUAUCAAAAGUUCCCAUCCGCCUCGGCAACGAGUUCUUCGAGUACAGAAGCUGGCUCUGCGAUGGACUCGGGCAUGGAUGAGUUUUGCGACGGUAACGAAGACGCCGCAGAGUGCAAGGUUUUCGAUUAA